CUAUGAAAAAGAAUCAAAGUCAAAUUUUCAAACAAAAAAAAAUGCAUGAAGAAGAAAAACCCGGUCUGGAAAAAGUGCCGUCGGAAAAUGCGAAGAAGAAACCGAAAGCGAAAAAGAAAAAAAAUCCAAAAUGGACCACAGCGACGAUGGCGGCGGGUAUCGGGAGGCGACAGUUACUCGCCGCCACAUUUAAAGAAAUCAUUUUCCAUUUGAUGUCGUUGGUGUUUUUGAGCGUUUACAUCUUCGGGCAGGCGAACGAUAACGAAUUUUACUUAACGGAGGCGAUGAAUAACGUCUUCGAAACCGACAAGAUAUUCCCGAACAUCGAUGCCGCCGACAAAUUCUGGGCUUAUAUGGAAAACGAGAUCAUGGACGCGUUUUAUGGGUCAGAUCCCACUGGGGAUGGUCGGUUAACCAUUUCGAAUGAAAAUGUUCUUUUGGGUGUUCCGAGGCUCAGACAAGUGAAAGUGUCCAACACCUCCUGCGAGAUCCACGGUUACUUCAGAAGAAUGUUCAUUGAGUGCUACGACGCCUUCGGAUAUUGGGCUGAAGAUAAAGAAUCGUUCGGUCUAAGGAAACCGACUGCCUGGACGUUUAGCGAUAUCUCGAAGACGAACAGCGUUAGACAUUGGGGCAUCCUCACCUCUUACUCGGGAGGUGGAUUUUACGUGGAUAUGGCACCGGACCAGAACAAAACCGCCGAGAUUUUCAAAGAACUAAAAGACAACUUCUGGAUUACGCGUGGUACUCGGGCAAUUUUCCUCGAUUUCAGCGUAUAUAACGCCAACUUGAACCUGUUUUGCAUUUGUAAGUUAACUUUCGAGUUUUUACCGCCAGGAGGCAUAACUACGAGCUCUCGAUUCACCACUGCCACGUUGACUCCGUUUACCCACGGGUGGUAUUGGACCCUCAGGAUUCUACUUUACCUAUUUUGCGUCUACGCGUUAUAUUGUUCACUAGAGGAGCUUCGCGAGAUGUGUUACUUUAAAGGAAUGUACUUUUUACAGUUUUGGAAUUACGUCGAUAACAUCGUAAUAUUGCUGACGUGUUUCUUAGUGGCGAGCACCGAAUACCUAAGGGUCAAAGCGAAGACGUACAUAGAAGAAGCGAACGAGCAUCCCAGCCAAUAUGGGAACCUGGAAGAGAUCCGACUCAUUUAUCAAGCGGUCCAGAUAAGCGGGGCGGUUCUCUUAUUCUUCGUGUAUUUGCGUACUUUUAAGUUUUUAAACUUCAACAGGCGAAUGGCCCAACUGAAUAACACGAUCAAGAGAUGCGCCAUGGACAUAUUGGGGUUCUGCGUGAUGUUCUUCGUCGCAUAUUUCGCCUACGCGGAACUCGGCUAUUUGGUGUUCGGUAGUGAAGUCGACGACUUCCGUAGUUUCGGGGAGGCGAUGUUCACCUUACUCCGGACCAUUUUAGGGGAUUUCGACUACGGAGCUAUCCGGCAAUCCAACUGGAUCAUUGCCCCCAUAUAUUUCCUCUCGUUUAUCAUUUUGGUGUUUUUUGUCUUGUUGAACAUGUUCCUGGCGAUCAUCAAUGACACUUAUGUGGACGUGAAAACGGACAUAGCGAUCGCCCCCAAGGAAAUCGAGAUGAGCGACUACAUUUCCUCGAGUUUUCGAUCCUGUUUACGGCGAAUCGGAUGUAAAAUCAAACAGGCCGAAGAAGAGAGAUUGAUCGAUACUUCUUUGAGUGAAAUCCGCGACGCUUUGAAGCGAUGCGGUUUCGAAGAUAGAGAAAUCGAAAUGUAUUUCGAGAAGUACGACAUCGAUCCGCUGAAGGACUUGAAAAAGCAGGAUAUCGAGAAGUUUUAUGAACUGUUCGCGGCGGAAGAUGUGGCACGGCAAAAGGGCGAAGAGAACGUGGUUACGUGGAAGGAUUUCAAGAAGCAGGACGAUAAACUGAUCGAGUUGGAAAAUAGUAUCGUUUUAUUAGCGCAAGGGGUUCAGGAUUUACUGCAUACCAUCGAGAGUCUGCAAGGGAAUCAACUUAGACCUAUGCAAAUUUAGUUAUGUGUUAAAAUCAAUUUAAUUUUUUGACUAUUAAAAAAAUUAGUUAAAAA